AGCGUUAAGCCUGAUGGGCCAUAUGCUGAUUGACCCAGCACGCUGAGACUCCUCCCCCUCAGCCAGACACUCACCUGGUCGUCCCCGGUUACCAUCACAGCUGAUCUGUUGCAGAUUAAUCUAUUAUCUCUCUCUCCCUCCCUCUCUCCAUCUCUGCAGGGGGAGGGGUGUUGUUGAGUUCUGAGUCGGCAUGACGAUCUGACACCCUGCCGUCGAGAGACUUCUGACCAUUUCCACGGUGACCUGAUCCCAUUCCGCUAUUCCGUUCUCCAAGCUCCGGACCUGUGGAAUACCCACCGGAACACCGACUGGAUUGCUGUUGUACACACACGGAUUGUGUCAGGAGAGAGAGUGGGAAUGUUGUGUGUUUGAUCUGGGAACGUAGUGAGGAUGCCGGUGCAGCAGAUCUCCGUGGUCCCCGCUCGGGAGAUGGCCAGUAACGGCCGGAGCGCCCCUCGCUCCAAAGACAAGACCGAGAGUACUAAAGGUCCAGGUCGGUCAAGUAGUCGAUCCAGCAACAUCUUGAAGGCCAGCAGUUCUACGACAGGAUUGGCUCCUGGCAGUGUUUCCAGGACAACUUCAGUCACUCCCUCCUCCCAGGACAUCGGCAGGCCAGUGCCGCUGUGUCGUGUAGAGGAAGGUUGCGACACAGCAGUGAUGACGGUGAGCAGCGCUGUAUUAGGCUCCUCCCAGCAGGGACAAACCAGGAAGAAGAAGAAACCAAACAGGAAGAGAGACUCCUGCUCCGCCCCUGACGGCCCAGCGACCGCAGCACAUGAUGACCCGGUCCAACACAGUGACCGCAGCUCUGACCGCAGCGGAGAGAGGAGGGAGAGGAGAGGGGAGAGGAGGAGGGAGAGGAGAGGGGAACACCCCCGCCAGCGUAGCGCCGCCCCUCCUGAAUCUGAUUCGUCGUCUGACGGGGAGGCGGGGCGGGAGGCCAGGAGCUGGAGCAGAGAGAAGGCCAGGAGGGGGCGGCGUCGCAGUGGGAGUGGCAGGGAGAGGGAGGGGGGAGGGGGAGGGGGAGGAGAGGGGAUGGAGCUGCAGUCUGUAGGGUCUGAUGAGGGGAAGGAGGUUCCACUGGAGAAUGGUUCCGGAGUGAAGAACCGACGAUCAGGGGGAGGAGGGGAGGGAAAGGAGGAGAGAAGGCGGAGCUCCCAGCGCAGGGAGGGGGCGGGGUCUAAGUUCCGUAGCCAGGCCGGCAGCUCAUCAUUGGCUGAGGACGGAGAGGGAGAGGGGCAGAUCACUAAGAGUUACCAGGAGACAGGGACAGGGGGUGGAGACAUGUCCGCUCCGUCGCCACGGAGAUAUGGGGGCUGCAACGCCCCCGAAGGCUGCUCCGAUGACGAGCUGGAGGUCUGCAGGAUCUGCCACUGUGAGGGAGAUGAGGAGUGUGUGUUGAUCACCCCAUGCCACUGUACAGGCAGCAUGAGGUUUGUUCACCAGGACUGUCUCAACCAGUGGAUCAAGUCUUCAGACACACACUGCUGUGAGCUCUGCCAAUACAACUUCAUUAUGGAGGCUCACCUUAAACCUCUCCGUAAGUGGGAGAAGCUCCAGAUGUCGACCAAUGAGAGGAGGAAGAUCUUAUGUUCCGUGAUGUUCCACCUGGUGGCCAUCGGUUGUGUUCUCUGGUCCGUAUACGUCCUCGUCAACAGAACCCUCCACGAGAUCAACCUGGGACGCAACAACGAUGACAUGUGGAGAAUAUAGUAACAUUACUGUGUUUUCAGAGUGGAGAAUAUAGUAACAUUACUGUGUUUUCAGAUGACAUGUGGAGAAUAUAGUAACAUUACUGUGUUUUCAGAUGACAUGUGGAGAAUAUAGUAACAUUACUGUGUUUUCAGAGUGGAGAAUAUAGUAACAUUACUGUGUUUUCAGAUGACAUGUGGAGAAUAUAGUAACAUUACUGUGUUUUCAGAGUGGAGAAUAUAGUAACAUUACUGUGUUUUCAGAGUGGAGAAUAUAGUAACAUUACUGUGUUUUCAGAGUGGAGAAUAUAGUAACAUUACUGUGUUUUCAGAUGACAUGUGGAGAAUAUAGUAACAUUACUGUGUUUUCAGAGUGGAGAAUAUAGUAACAUUACUGUGUUUUCAGAUGACAUGUGGAGAAUAUAGUAACAUUACUGUGU